UCUCCCUUGCGCAUGCGCUAAUCACGUCCACCCAGCCACGUAGCUUAGCCGCAGCGAGGAGCAACUGCCGUCGGCAACAAGACGCGUAAAGGCGCACCUUUUCUCCAACUGUUCGCUAUUUUAUAGUCUGCAAUCAUGACGAGGUACCUGCGGCCACCGAACUCCUCUCUUUUUGUCCGGAAUAUCUCCGACGAGGUCAGGCCAGAAGAUUUACGACGUGAGUUUGGUCGUUAUGGGCCUAUUGUAGACGUCUACAUUCCACUUGACUUCUAUACGCGGCGGGCAAGAGGAUUUGCUUACAUUCAGUUCGAAGACGUCAGCGAUGCCGAGGACGCCCUCCACUAUCUGGACCGCAAGUGGGUGUGUGGACGCCAGAUCGAGAUCCAGUUCGCUCAAGGAGACCGCAAGACUCCAAACCAGAUGAAGACCAAGGAGCGGCAUUCUCCGCGCGGUUUUGACGACGACGGCCACCGCAGACGCUCCCGGAGCCGCAGCUACGACCGCCGCUGGUCCCGCAGCCCCUCCUACGAACGCCGACCCCGGCGCAGGUCCGACAGCCCCAGAGAGUCACGGUCCUACAGCCGACACGGGCGCAGCAGAAGCCGUGAAAAUGACAUGCACAGGAGCGCUGCACACAACCGCCACAGGAGCCAGCAUGAAGCGGCUGGCAGGAACCGCUCAGCGUCCCGCUCGCCCUCCAGGUCCAAAGGCAAGAGUAAAAGGAGCCGGUCCAGGGCCCGCACUCCCGCGGAAGAGUUCCAACAGACCCCCAGUGCCCACAAGCAUUCAUCAGGACGAUCCCCGUCACGGUCUCUGUCCAGGUCUGUGUCCCGCUCACGGUCCAGGUCCUGGGCCGAAUGCAAGUCAGGAGCUCGGUGAGCUGAGUUCUAGUCUCCGUUAACACUUUGAUUCAUGUUACUAGUGAGUAGAGUUUUCUGUUUUGUAUCCUUAUGUUCUGUUCAGUACUCAAUAAAAGGACAUGCAUACAACUUCUGGGAAAUGUAAAUAAUUCAGAAAGCACAAGUUUAGGGGGAGGGAAAGGGAUUUUAUUUUUUAUUUUAAAAAUUUAGUUCAACCCGAAUUUCAUUAUAUUCAGCAUUUAUAAACCAAUUGUUACAAAUCUUCAAUGAGGGCAUUUUCUUUCACAUAGAUGACUGUCAGAGGGGAUUCAAUUAAUAGCCAAUUGUAUUUAAUUUAGCACAGGAGACUUUGCAACGCACUACUUUGCACUGAAUGGACAAAAAUGGCUGGCGGAAGAACAGCAGAAAGAAGGUGAUUUAGAAAUGCUAAUUGUUCAAAUUAAUUUUGGGGGGGGUCUUCGAUAAAAUGUUCAGACAUCAAAGUGGUGCGUUGGUGUUGUCUCAGAAGCGAAUUGGUUUCUCGUUAGUUCGUGUUUGCACCCUACACUGCUUACAUACAAAAUAUAAAAUGUGCAACAUCUCCAGAAAGACUUCAGUGCAGGGUUACUGGCAAUUGCUUUUCCUUUUUUCUUAACAAAAAUAUUCUUCAGCAUUGAAGUUGACACGUCCCGAGCACGUCUCAUACAUUCAGUGUUAUUACUAAAAAUACUUUUGUCAACAAGCCUCAAAGCGGGCCUGCAAAUGUACAAUAUGCUACAAGAACUUUAUACAUGUCACUUAUUUACAUGGCUCCUGAAAGACAUGAUUUAAAUGCUGUUUGUCGUCUUUAAUCUGGCUAGAAACAUUCGAACUGGGGAACGUAAAUAAACUGGCUCAUCUGAUUUAAAAACCAUGUAAAAAAAAAAAAAAAAAAGGAGAUAGUCGAUUACGCAUCUGUUGAUUCAACAGCACGGUGCCUGUAACGUAUGAACAUGAAGUACAGCACGGUGCCUGUAACGUAUGAACAUGAAGUGACCGCAGUGCAAAACGGACUAAAUGAGCAGCGAGUGAAAGGUCUCCCAACUCCAUGGUGACUUCUUGUAAACCAUGACGCUUGUUUCACAUCUUCUGUCACACGCAAACAGACUGCUUCCUCCAGUGUCUUUUUCCAAACAAGACGCAUGCAGCCCACAGGACCGCGGCCUGAGACAUGGGGCCAGGUGGGCCGCAAGUCUGAAGCCCGGUCCUCUUCCGCGUGUGGAAGCUGCA